AUGGACCACUUGUUUGCUCCACAAUUUGAAGCAAUCACUUUGCGUGAUCGAGGAAGGAGCCUUUCGUUCCCCAACACUGAUAUAAAGAAUUCAGAGUUAGGUCUAGACAGACCAAGUUGCUUCCUUCUUCUUCUUCCACUCAUGGCUGACAACAUCCCUUACAAAACGUGUUUCGCUCCCAAGAGCAAAGAAGAAGAGGAAGAAGAUGAGAGAAUCCACGAGAGACUCAAAGAGACUGUUGCAACCCUUCCCACAAUAAAAAUUUGGUUUGGUAAUCCAAUGUACCAAUAUCAAAGCUUUUGGUACAGUUCCGAUAUUGUUGGGAUUGGUCCAUUGGCAGUUCAAGAUCACUUCAAAGCACAUCCCACUGAUAUCCUUAUCGCUGCCACCCCCAAAUGUGGUACAACUUGGCUGAAAUCGCUAGUCUUCGCCGUCAUGAAUCAUAAAUCCCAUUCUCUAGAUGAUCACCAACAUCCUUUCCACAAAUUCAACUCUCAUGAUCUCGUUCCGACAUUGGAGAUAAGGUUAUACAACAACAAUGUCAAUGGUGAUCGGAUUCCUAACCUUGACAUCCUUUCAUCACCUAGAUUGUUGGCUACUUACAUGCCUUACACAUCGCUACCACAAUCGGUAAGACAUUCUGGUUGCCGAAUAGUUUAUAUUUGCAGGAACACUAAUGAUACUUUAGUGUCCUAUUGGCAUUUUAUCAACAAAUUAAGAUCAAAGAACAGUUCAAUGGAACCUGUGACAUUGGAAGAAACCUUUGAGUUGUUUUGCAAAGGGAUAUCUGAAUUUGGGCCAUUUUGGGAUCAUGUGUUGGGGUAUUGGAAAGCGAGCUUGGAACGGCCUCAAAGUCUGCUCUUCCUCAAGUACGACGAGAUGCAGGUGGAACCUGUUCUUCACUUGAAAAGGAUGGCAGAGUUUAUGGGAUGCCCUUUCUCCUCAAUAGAAGAGAAGGAAGGGGUAGUUGAUCAAAUAAUAAAACUAUGCAGUUUCGAGAAUUUGAGUAAUUUAGCAGUGAAUAUGGCUGCAACAAAUCCUGUUGGUGUUACAUACAGUGCUUUAUUCAGGAAAGGUAAAGUUGGAGAUUCGACGACUUACCUGACACAUGAGAUGAUGGAGCAGCUAGAUCGAAUCACAGAACAUAAAUUGCAAGGUUCAGGCUUAACGCUCUAA